AUGUCUGAAGUUGCAAAAAUCUACGAUCCGCUGGAACUGCUCGAUCCAGUUGUCUUGACGGCUAAAACCAUCAUUCAGAAGCUGUGGAAUGCUAAGAUUGAGUGGGAUGAGUCCGUACCUCAGCAUCUUCACACACAAUGGAAAAAUCUCUGCUCCCGGCUACCUCCAUUGAAUGAAGUGCGCUUCCCGCGGAAGGUAUGUCAAAAUCAAGGUAAAAAAUUACAGAUACACGGAUUCUGUGAUGCAAGCGUCACUGGCUACGGCGCUUGCAUUUAUAUUCGUUCCAUCAACGCCCAGGAAGAGAUCCAGUGCAGGUUAUUUUGCACAAAAUCCAACGUUGCACCAGUCAAAUAUGUCUCCAUAGCUCGCCUGGAGUUAUGUAGAGCGAUGCUGUUAGCCAGACUAUAUCAAAGUAUCAAAGAAACGAUCAAGAUCCCCGUCGAAAAAAUCAAGUUUUGGAGUGAUUCGAUGAUUACACUGCACUGGAUCAAUAAGCCCUCGAAUGUAUUAAAAACAUUUGUGGCCAACCGAGUACCAGAGAUCCAGUCAAGCUCUGAAGGAGUUACGUGGAGGCACGUGCCAGGAGAAUCCAAUCCAGCAGAUGCCCUUUCUAGAGGAGAAAUGCCAGCAGACUUCAUCAUCAAUGACCUUUGGAAGGUUGGUCCUCCAUGGCUGUCAAUACCUGAAGACAAGUGGCCAGCAUCCAAGCUCACCGAACCUGCUGAAGAUCCAGAGGCCAAGCGAGUGACCUGCAUGGCUGCUGCCAGCAACGCCUUCAACUUGUUGGAGAGGUAUCAGUCGAUCCACAAACUCAAAAGAAUUAUUGCUUACCUACUCAGAUUCAAGGUAAGCAAUAAAAAAUUCAGAGGUCCACUUCAAUUAGAAGAGCUGGUUUACGCAGAACAAAUCAUCAUGAGAUGUGUGCAAAAAAAGGCAUUUCCCAGUGAAUUACGCCAGCUGAGAGAGAGGAAGGAAGUAGAUCGAAAGAGUAAACUAUCAAGGCUCCAUCCCUUCCUUGAUCCCAAUGGGAUCAUCCGUGUUGGAGGGAGACUGCGGUCAGAAAAUAUCCCCUACAGCCAAAAGCAUCCGGUGGUUUUACCCAAGAAGGAAUUUAUCAGUGAGCUCAUCAUUAAAAACGUUCACAAGGAACAGGCACAUGCUGGCGCACAAGCCACAUUAUACGCAAUUCGAUGCAGUUACUGGCUGUUGGAUGGACGAAAUGAAGUCCGCCGACUCAUCCAGAAUUGCGUAACUUGUGCCAAGGUCAAUCCACCUACAGUGGAUUAUAUAAUGGGAGACUUACCGCAAACACGCGUUACUAAGGCCAGGCCCUUUCUCAACGUCGGAGUGGACUACUACGGGCCAUUCAUUCAAGUCAAGGCGUAUGUGGCAGUCUUCAUCUGCCUGGUAUCCAAGGCAGUACACCUGGAGCUGGUUAGUGACAUGACUACUUCAGGAUUCAUUGUAUCCCUUCGUCGUUUUAUCGCCAGAAGAGGCAGGUGCUAUUUGAUUCAGUCGGACAACGGGUCAAACUUUGUUGGGGCAAGGAACGAGUUCAAGGAGCUACUAGACACACUCAAGGCAGAAGGGCACAAUUCCAAGGUGUCCAUGUACCUCAACGAGGAAGGAAUCAAAUGGCGCUUCAUCCCCCCAGCCUCCCCACACUUCGGCGGCAUCGUGGAAGCGGCUGUCCGCUCGUUCAAACAUCAUCUGAAAAGAGUGGCAGGAAACGAACUAUUCACGUUUGAGGAAAUGGACACAUUGGUGACUGAAAUCAAGGCGAUUCUAAAUUCUCGUUCUCUCACGCCCAUAUCCCCAGAUCCAAAUGACCUGUUGGUGCUAACACCAGGUCACCUGCUGAUCGGAGAGCCACUCACAGCCAUCCCAGAACAAGACCUCACAGAUGUGUCAAAUAACAGACUCUCCAACUGGGAGCACAUCAAGAUACGCGAGAGCGUAUCGGCCAAGUUGACGUUUUAG